AGCUGUUACAUGUUUGUAUUCCCAACAAAAUUACCAAGAUAUUCAAGCUGUCAAGACCUAUUUCAACUUAAAAAAAGUUAAUGAUUAAUCGAUUUUAGUUUUUUUAACGGUGUAUUAUCGUGCUCCGAUAAAUUUCUUCGUAACCGGAGCAUAAGGUUAUGUAUAGCUCUUCCGGUUUGAUUCCGGCCAAAUUUUUGAUAUUAAUUGCUCACUUUGCCAUCUGCUUAACAUUAAUAUGGAAUAUCCAAGCGAGCACCAAGCUUUGUUUGUCGGAGAAAUACGACUCAAUGGCCAGCGAUGUGCUUCAAAAUCAGACGAGAAAAAAUCGAUCGAAAAGUGCGGUGGUCGUGGCUGGACGAAAUUAUUGAUAUUGGCCGGUUUUUCGACCACGAUAGGGUCGUCGUUGCCCGUAGGCUAUAAUAUUGGGGUUGUUAACUCACCUGCCCAAAUUCUGAAGAGAUUUUGUAACGAAAGUAUGUUUGAACAUUAUGGGUUCGAAAUGAGCCCAAAUCAAUUGGAAUUGUUAUGGUCGGCUGUUGUCUCAAUAUUUUUAGUUGGAGGAACAGUUGGGUCAUUAACUGGUUCUUGGUUAGCAGAUAAAAUGGGGCGAAAACGGGGCUUAAUCGUCGCUAGUUUUCUACUAACUUUUUCCGGGAUUUUAUUUUUAACUUGUAAAGCUGCGUUAUCCGUGGAGAUGUUGAUUCUUGGCCGAUUUAUUGUUGGACUUGCAGCAGGUUCCAUAACUUGUAUAAUGCCAAUGUACCUAACCGAAUUAGCACCAAUUGAUUUAAGAGGCGCGGUGGGAGUUUUAUGUCCUUUAGGAGUAACAUCUGGAGUUUUAUUGGCUCAAGUAAUUUCGUUACGAAACGUUUUGGGAACGGAAAUAAUGUGGCCUGUAUUAUUAUCGUUCUUUCUCGUUAUGGUUAUUAUAUCUUCGUUGAUUAUUCCAUUUCUGCCCGAGAGUCCUAAAUAUUUAUUUGUUAUUAAAAAUAACAGAAAUUUAGCUUUAAAUAGUUUAGAAAAGAUAAGAAAUAAAAAAAUAUGUGAUUUAGAAGAGGAAGUGACUGAAUUAGAGGUUGAACUUGCGGAUGUAAAGAAGCAAAAAACCGCCGUUGGUUUUUGUGGCGUUUUAUGUGAUCGCACUUUAUUGUUGCCGUUAUUAUUGGUGUGUAGUAUGCAGGGUGGUCAACAAUUCAGCGGAAUUAACGCCGUUUUUUAUUAUUCGAAAUCAAUAUUUCAAAACGCUGGUUUAUCCGAAUCAAAUAGUGAAUUUGCGACGGUAGCUGCUGGUGCAGUUAAUUUAGGAAUGGCCAUCGCUUCGAUUUAUAUUAUGUCAAACUUUAAACGUCGAUCUGUUUUUCAACUUUCCACAUCUCUCUCUGCAUUAUUUUUAAUUCUUUUAGGAGUUGCAAUCACUUACAUGACAACCGUUUCUUGGAUGCCUUACAUUAGCAUCGUAGCUGUAUUAGGUUAUGUUUUCGCAUACGGAAUUGGUUUGGGUCCGAUUCCUUAUUUUAUAGGCUCAGAAUUAUUUGAAGUUGGCCCAAGACCUACUGCUAUGGCUUUAGGGAGUAUGGCAAAUUGGGGUGGAAACUUUAUAAUUGGAAUGACAUUUCCGUUGAUGCAAUCAACAAUCGGACCAGCUUCGUUUUACAUUUUUGCUGUUACUACAUUUUUAUUAUUUUUAUUUACACGACUAUAUUUGCCAGAAACCAAAGAUCGAGAUCCAAUAGAUGUCGCGCAGGCGCUACGUAAAGGUUUUGGUCCGCGACCUCUAGCUUCGCCGGUCGGAUCUAGCGCCACGGAUGAAACUUUUGCAUCGGAUGAUUUAAAAUAAUUCUUUUUUUUUUUUAAUAAAAAUGUCAAUAUUAGAGUACAAAAAAAAUUCUUAUGUUAAAUAGGGACUUUUAGGUAUUUUCUUUUUGUGUCGAUAACUCCAAGUUUUCUUUCAUGAUCUCAAUAUUAUUGUAACCCUAAAUUAAACUUUUUAAAUUAGUAAUGCAAUCCAAAAUGGCUUCAGAGUUAACUUUAUAUCUUUAAAAAAUUCUUUAAUAAUAAAAAGGAAACCAAUUGCAUACUAA